CGGCGCCAUCAGUAGGUGGCACUUUGUUUCUACAAGCUGACGGUCUGGUAGCAUGACAGGAGACAACAACCUGAGCUGCUGACCCCCAAGAACUUACAGAGCCAGAGUAAAUGCAUAAACUACGGAGCUUCUCUGUGGCCAAAUUGGCUAAAGGUUACAGCAGAUUGUCGUCAAGACUAAAGGGCACAGGCGGAAGACCAUCAGCUCCACUGGGUUCACGGAUUCUGACCAAUCCUGAUGACAUCUUUAAGCACAACAUGUGGGAUCAUGUGCAAUGGACAGAAGAGGAUAAAGAAAAUGCACAGCAGAAGGCAAAAGAAAAUGCCUUUAUACAAAUUCCUUUAGAGGAACAAGGUAAAUUUGACACAGAGGCUUCCCAAUACUGGGACAAGUUUUACGAGAUGCACCAGGAUAAGUUCUUUAAAGAUCGCAAGUGGCUGUUUUUAGAGUUCCCAGAACUGCUUCCUUCCGGUGCAAAAAGUCAAGCCAUAAACAGGUGUCUGGAUGAUCAGCAGGCAUCAUACCCACAGCCUUCUGGAUCCAGCAUAGACAAAGAGACCAGACACCAGCAACACAACGGCCCCACACGCUAUCACAGAAAUACAGACACCUCAAAUCCGCAGACAGAGUCCCGUCAAGGAGCAGCACUAGAAACAAUUGAAGAUGCCAUACAGACUACUACUUUCCCUGGCCAGCGUGCAUCUUUCAGGAUCUUGGAGGUUGGAUGUGGGGUGGGUAACAGUGUAUUUCCCAUCGUUAAUUCCAUAAAAGAAACAGAUGCAUUUUUAUACUGUUGUGACUUCUCCACAUGUGCCAUUCAGCUGGUCAAGUACCAUCCAGACUACGAUGACUCUGUGUGUCAUGCCUUUGUCCAUGACAUUUGUGAGGAGAUGGCCUCCUUUCCCUUCCCACCUCAGAGCCUGGAUGUUAUUCUCGCAGUCUUUGUGCUCUCCUCCAUUCAUCCGGAGCGAAUGCAAGGAACUGUGAACCGACUAUCUACAUACCUGAAACAUGGAGGGAUAUUCCUCUUCCGUGAUUAUGGGAGAUAUGACUUCUCACAACUCAGGUUUAAGAAGGGACGGUGCUUAUCGGAGAAUUUCUACACACGUGGAGAUGGAACAUGCGUAUACUUUUUCACUAAAGAAGAGGUUCAUAAUUUAUUUUCCAAUGCUGGACUGGAAGAAAUACAGAAUCUGGAGGACAGACGACUCCAAGUGAACAGAGGGAAGAAAGUUGUAAUGCACCGGGUUUGGAUGCAGAGCAAGUACAGGAAAUCAUAUCCACUUUCACCAUCCUAACACCCCACCAUAUAAUUUGGAUCUACAGUAUAUGCCUUUUUUAUACUUUGCUGCUUAUUAAUGUAAUCCUGAACCAAAGUAUUGUAUGUGUACAACAACAAAACUGUAUUGAAUAAACUAACAAAACAUGUCAAACAAA